CAUAAAUUUCAAACACACUAUUUAAGAAGAACGACACCCCUCAUUUGCUUUUAAUUCUGUAUGGCCAAAGUAUCCUAUCCAGUACCACCACAAAUUUUCAACCUAAAGCAUUUAUUCCUGACCCCUUUUGCAAUGGUUCCACCCACUCUGGCCAAUGAUGUAUCCUCAUCAAUGAACCAAUAUUGCAUGUAUCAAACCAGAAAUGCAACUAAGGUUUUGAAGAAAGCACGUCCUCUUGAAAGUAAGAAUUCCAAUGGGAUGUCCAGGAAUGCGGCGAGAGAGCGGUACCGAGUCAAAAGUUUGAGAAAUGCUUUCCAUACACUUCAACAAUGCCUCCCUUCUGUACCACCCAACACAAAACUAUCCAAGCUGGACGUCCUCAUUCUGGCCACAACUUACAUAUCUCACCUCAGUCGGAUACUCAACGAGAAUGAGAUGCCACAGGAAUCGAUAAUGAUGCCAAAUAUAGAUUUUGAUGUACCAGAUGACUCUUAUGCGCAAUUACCUGAAAACGAAGCAAUAAGUCCUAGGUGGGCGAAAAGUUACUUUCAUCCAAUUCGAAAAUGGCCCAUGAGAUCACGACUCUACGCUGGCGUGGAAGAAAACAACUCAUCCAAAGAACCUAUUUCACCACCAAUGCUCCAACAAUCUCUAAAUUCAUGGAUGAUGUAGAUUGUCGGAAACUCGUAUUCUUGCUCAUCAGCGACUUAUAAGACCCAAUAGUGCUUCCGUCCUCUGUUUUUAAAUUUCAAUGUAAAGAAAUUAUAACUUUUUAGUUAUUAUUCUGUUAGGUUUGCUAAAAACUUUGAGAUUAACAGUGUGUAGAAUAGAUGUCAUCAUUCUAAAGCAGGAAUUAUUUUGAACAGUUAUAAUUUUUAGAAAUGAGUGAAACUAAAAGAGAAGAAAUUGUAAUCAACUAACAAGUAACAAUUGACAUAAUAUAAUUUAAUCUUUCUUGAAAGCAUUUAUUUUUCAAAGUUUUUUACUAAGGUUUCAUUAGCAAUGAAUAUAAAAUAAAAUUAAAAUAAUAUAAAAUAAAACUUUCGUUAGCUUAGCAAUCAUAGAAUUACAUUGCUUUUCAUGAAAAUAACACCCCUUCUAGGAAAUAGAGUAUAUAUUUAGACAGGAUGUUCCUUAAUAACCACCCUAAAUAUAUAUAUAUAUAUAUAUAUAUUAUAAAAUUGCAGCAAAAGCUAUGCAUAUAAGCGUUAAAGUAUGUAUAGCGCUCACAUAUAUUAAUGUUAAAAUCUAUACAUUAGUCAUUAGUGUUACCUGGUAAAAGCUCUAUAAGUUCACCAUACAAAAACUUUUAACACGUCAUUUAGGUUUUUCUUUACAAUGCAAAUUCAAGUGUUUAUUAAUUCAGAAUAUAUGUAAGAUUAUUCCUCCUUAUAUGUAUCAUUUGCCAAUAGUUGGAUGAUUAUCAUACUUUAAAUUAUUUUAUAUUUAAUUAUAUAUAGAGGGUUAUGAAUAAGUAAAUUUAUAUACAAAGCUUCCAAGUUGACUUAUAAAUUUUUGCAAGAUAACUCCGUUAUCAUACUUAAACUAGUAUAAUGUUUAUAUUUGUAUUAAUUAAUGUAAUAUAUACGCAACUAUAACAAUACAAAUAGUUUAAUUACAAACAUAAAAAUGACUGCUAUUUUUUAAUGCAAAGAUUUUAUUUGAAAGUCAUAUUGUAAAUAAUUGAAAGUUAAGAAGUCUUUUCGCUUUUAAUCAAAACUUCUGUGAAAUUUAUAUUGAAGUUCGUUAGCUGUAUGUUUUUUUUAAUCAUGUCUGCUGUUUUAUGUAAAUAAAAGAAAUGUUCCAUACAAUGUCAUUCCUUACACCAUGCAUGUAUAUUUGAAUAUAUGUUGUGGAAAUAUUUUUAUAAUAUAUAUUUAUGUAAAUAACAAUUUUAAUAAAGAAUAUAGU